AUGCGGGAGACAGUUGGAGGCGGCAAUGAGCACAAAUGGCUCACAGUGAGGGAGUGCGGUCCAAUUUCUAAUGGCUCAUGGUUAGAGAGAAGUGGUGAUCGCGAGAGGCUACAGGGGAAAGGUUGUGGCGAAAGAGUGAGUUAUAUACUCGUGGGUGUGAGCUAUGAUGGUUGUGGCGAGGUUGAGAGGGUGGUAUGUGGUGUCAAAGCUAAGCGAGGAGGUUGCGGGGAUUUGGGUCGUUGCAGGGUGUGA